AACUGUCCACUCAGCAUCCUGGCAACCUACGAUAGACUCGUGGCUCCAUGCUAGGGCCUUGAGCUUCGAGGCUGUGCUCCGAGCUGUGCAACCUGUGGCCAGUAUAUGUAGGUCACAGGCGCUGAGCUUGGAGCCUGACAAUUUUUUGGAAGUACAAGCAGAAUUAGAAAAUGUCUCAACCACCGCAAAAUCCAGCAUAUGGACAGCAGCCUUACGGACAGCCUCCUCAAGCACCACAGUACGGCCAGCAGCAACAAUUCCCUCCUCCGCCAUCUGGCGCACCGCCUCCGAGCGCAGCACCACCACAUGGCCAGCAAUCGUACCAUCCCUCGGCACCGUCUGGUCCACCGCCUUCGAGCGCCGCACCACAGGCGGCAGGGCAAGGAGAUCAUGGCUCGUUCCAAGGCGGCUCGUACAGCGUCACCCACCGCGACACCAAUGCUGUACUGAACAUCGACCUUCAGCAAGGUGGGACAGUACGAAGUCGCUCCGGAGCAAUGAUCCACAUGGCAGGCACGGUUCAACUUUCUGGCAAGGUGAAAUUCAGCAUGAAGAAGCUCUUCACUGGAGGAGAGAUGGCCGAAAGUUCUUAUGCUGGCUAUGGGCGUCUCGCUCUUGGUCCUACCUUGUUUGGCGAUAUCAUCACCCUUCAAGUUGACCCGUCUCAUCAAUGGACGAUCGGAAAGGAUGCCUUUUUGGCCUGUACUCAACAGAUUACAAAGGAGACUAAGGCGCAGGGCUUUGGCAAGGCUAUGUUUUCUGGCGAGGAUCUGUUUAUCUAUCGAAUCGGCGGCCAAGGCUUGGUGUGGCUCACGAGCUUUGGCGCUGUGGAUCGUCUCGAUCUCGCCCAAGGAGAACAGCAUAUUGUUGAUAACGGGCAUCUCGUGGCCUGGAAUUGCGACUACAAGAUCGAGAAAGCUGGCGGCGGCUCGAUGACGGGUCUGAAGACUGGUGAAGGCUUGGUGUGUCGCUUCACAGGCCCAGGCUCAGUCUACGUCCAGACUCGCAACGCUGAAGAGUUCGAGAACUACGUUCGGAGCCUUGCGGGAGCUCGUUGAGGUGGAUGAUGAGAGUGGCUCGAGUUUGUUGACAGAGGGCGGACUCGUCUCCCACGACUCUCUGUAGCGCAGUUUUACACGGAGACAUGGCCACGAGCAGAUUCCAUCCCGUUUCUCCAGAAGAAGUCGUUAUUCGUUUCGUGGUGAUGACUUGUUGAGAUAUCCCAAAACUCGAUCCAAAUUUCCAACCUCGAAAGUACUUUCCUUACUGCACGUAUGUAUCGACGAUGAGC